AUGGGUGAUAUUUUGAGCGACUGGGAUAGCAAGGAAGAUGUAAAGAAAUCAGGAAAGCCUAAAAAAGAAGAGAAUCGCGAAGAGAAAGAAUGUGCGAUAGAUGUGAAUAAGGGAAAAGAGAGUGAGAAGAAUGAAAAAAAGGAAUUGUCACCGAAAGGCAAGGAAUCUGAAGUACAAGUGAAGAAAAGUCCCGAAGAGAGAAAGGAAAAAGAAAAAAUCCUAGAGAAAAGAGGGGAUGUGAACAUGACCAGAACCAAAAUCCCGGAAUCAGUCAGGAGAGAUUUCGGGAUUUUUGAAAAGAGAUCAAAGAAAAAAGAUGAUCUAGAAAUGAAAGACAAGGAAGGGAAAAAGAUAGAGGAGGGGACCCCCGAGAAAAAGGUUUACCCUUCCGAUAAGAAGAUGCUGCAACCAAAACGGAGUGUAUCGCUUGAAAAGAAAGAGGCAGCGAUUCAGUCACUGAAAAAAGAAAAUGCCGAGCCGGAAAAAAAGGAAGAUAGUGAUGUGGAGGCAAAGAACAAGUCACCAGGUGAGGAAACUCCAAAGGAGAUAGCGUCACCAGAGGGUUUUACAAAAGCAACUCCCCCCAGCCAGAACUUUUCCGACCAAUAUUUAACAAAGAAAACCCCUGAAAGUGAAAUGAGAGAGGGUGCGAAUAACGAUGGGAAGAGGUUGUGUGAGAAACCCAGCGGACUUAAAAGCAAGGAAACGCAGAAAUCUGACUUACAAGAGAGAGCUAAGGAGGGUAGCAAAAUAAGCGGGAAGAGUCAAAUCAAAGAGAAGGAAAAGCCUUCUAAUAAAAAGGAGAGUAGAAAAGAAGAUAAAGAAAAGGAAUCUAAACGAUUAGGAGACGGAGUCAAAAAGGGAGGCGAUGAAAGCAAAAAAGACAGUGAAAAGGCAGUCAGCAAGGUUGGUUCCGUCAGUAAGAAGAAGUCCAAGAAAACCGAAAAAUCGAAGAAAAAGAAAAAGGUGGGUCUGCAGAAAGUGUUCUGA